AUGUCAAGGCGAGCAAGAGAUGAGGCCGCACUCGAGCUCGACAAUGAUACACUGCUCAAGGUCUAUGGGCUCAAGACAGCGCAGCCGAGCAGUUGGCAGGACAGCAUCUCAUCAGAAGCUGCAGGCCCAGAUGUCGUAGCUGGCACUGCAGGCUCCAGCAGUCGUGCGGACGAGCCUGAUCCGCUAGGCUUGCGUCGAGGCAGCUUGCUCAGCACGGUGCCCGAUGCGCCAGCCAACGUCAAGGCGACCGUUCUCAUCUCCUCGAAAGCUUUUGACCCAAAGACUUUUCUCGCGACCGUGCAUCCAAAUGCAGCCUUUCAAGACCUCAAGGAGGGUCGAGAGCGCCUCAAGGGCACGCUCGAGCAGAGAUCAGAAGCGCUUCGCAUUCUCGUCGAGGAAGAAUUCGAUCGUUUCGUGAGUAUUAAAGGCAGCACAGCCGCUGUCUAUGACGACAUGCGCGCUGGACUACUCGUAGACGACCGAGAAUAUGGCAUUCGCGACAUCAAAGAGACCUUGCGAGCGGCAACAUCAAAGGCUGAUCAGGUCUUCAUGCCCAUACUCGACGCCCAGCUCCGCGCAGAUCGCUUGCGCUCGACCGUUGGGGUGCUCGAACGCAGCAAAUUCUUCUUCAACUUGCCCGGCUCUUUGCUGGAGGCCAUUGACAAGGGUCGCUACGACACCGCGUUGUUGGCUUACAGAAAAGGUCUGGGAUUACGGCAGACUGCCGCCAAUCAGCUCCUCGCGCCUUUAGCGGGUCAGGAGCUCACGCAGCAGCAACAGGCUCAAAGCCGACGUGUUUUCGACAAGGUGUGGCGACAAGUGGAGCGCAUCAUCACCGACUUACGCGAGACAUUGACCGCCCGCUUGCGGGAUCCGAAGCGAAGCACAGAGGAGAUUGGCCGUACUAUUGAGAUGUUGCUCGAGCUCAAUCCAGAAGAUGACCCUGUGUGGAUCUUCCUGGACGGUCAUUAUCGUCAUAUCAACAGAGCUCUACAAGCUUCUUUCGAUGACUGCUCCGGCAACUUCGACGACGCAUUGGCCGAUGCUUCCAAGCAGGCUUCCCCCGAGAAAGCCCUGGCAGCAGAGCUGCAAAGCUCGAUCAAGAUCAUAGAAGCAAAGACGUCCGACACAGCGCUAGAGCAAGCGGCAAGCGCCCAGGUCUGGAAGACGGUUUUCGAGCUCGUCAAGUCGCUCUCAGAGGUCCUCUUGCGUUAUUUGCCUGGCUUCUGGAAAAUUGCCAAGGGUUGCGCAGACGGCCAAUACAGUCGUAGCACAAGGAACGCGCCCGCCCGACGAAGUCCUGCGCAAGCUCGCACGAUGACGACAGAGCUCAUCAUCCAGUAUACAUCAUCGCUGUCGUCUUUCCUGUCCCUCUCAUCGACCACAUCGGACUCCCAGCAGCAAAGGCCACUUCCUUCAUUUGUGCCACCGAAUGCGAGCACUCUAGUAUCGGGCCACUUCAUGCUCAAGACGCUUGCCGAACUCGUCGAGACCACCAACGAGCUCGGUUCGAUCGGGCUUGCGCCAGAAUCAGCGAGCAGUCUACGCGAACUCGUUUCUGCCACCCGUCUGCGCUUUCAGAAUACAGUCUCGACGCUAUGGCAAGCGGACGCUGCCCUUUUUGCCCAUCUGGAAGGCUGGCAGAGGGAUCCUAUCCGACCAGACACGAUGCUGCUCAUGCGGUCUCUGGUCACUUUCCACACGGCUACGACUCGGAUCGUCUACCGCAUCUCGGGCGCGAGCGAGGAGAGAGCGACCCAACUGUUUGCUCUCAAUUCGACUAGACCUUUCGAUGGGCGAAGCAAUGAGGAGCCCAUCGCUACAGACUUUGCUCGUAGGAUACAAACGGAAUACACACAGGCUCUGCUCAGCUUGCUAGGCACGAUCGCGAAAACAGCGUUUGCAGUCAUCGGCAACGCAAGAGAUGAGCGAUCGCGAGACGCUCUACAGACUGUCAUGCUAGAUGAAGAUGACCGCAUCUUGCUCACGAUCUCGAGCCUUGCUGACUUUCAGCGCGACUCCUUACCGCGAAUGUUCGACCAACUCAGGCUUGCCUUGGCCAGCGAUGUGUCUGAGCCAAGAUCUAGUGUGGAGAAACUCAUCAAAGAGCUCGACAGGGCAUUGUUUGACGACUUCGUCACCCGGCAAGCUGAUCGCAUGACAGGCACUGUGAGGAAAGGCAUCUCACAGGUCCCCUGGCAAUCCUUCCAAGGCCCAGCUGAGAUCCACUCCUACGUCUACGAAUCGCUCAUCAUGCUCGUGCUUACGCAUGCGCAAGUGGGCCGGAUCACAAAGACGCUUCUCCCUCGAGUGAUGAACGCUCUCGUUGAGAGAUUGGCGGCCGAGUAUCUCAAUUCGUUCAGCAAAGUAAAAUCAUUCGGUACAGGUGGCAUGCUUCAGGCGACACUAGAAGCCGAAUUCAGCCAGCAAGUACUCGAGACUUACAUCUCUGAUCGCGUGAGGGCGACCUUCCAGCAAGCCUACACAGCCGUAUCGGAAAUCUAUCAAGGCCCUCGUGCUUCGAGUGCACAGUUAUCGCGCAUGAAGGACAUCUUGGUGGCAUGCAAGCGAGCUUCGGCUCUGCAGUUUCUCUGCUUCCGUGCGCCCAUCGAACAGAUCUACCCCCAGAGCGAAGCACCACGAGUGUCCUCAAACCGCGCGCCAACGCCAAUUUCAAAGCGCGCGCAGCCCGUGCCUGGUCGAAAGGCGGGCGCAUCUGUAGACGCUCUGCGGUCUGCGCCCUACCCACACACCUAUGCAAACAGUCUGAUCCGACUCGAGAGAAUCUGCGCUCCAGACGAAAUCAAGAGACUUUGCCUAGCUCCAGGAACGCCCAAGCAGGAAAAAAAGAGGGCAGAGCCUGACAAGUAG